UUUUCUUUUGUUGUUAAUUCUAGUUGGUAAAAUUUCAAAUACUUUGUUCCGACUUUCGAAUUAAUCGUUAAACUGAGAACGAAGCAAAACAAAAGAACACUUUCUUAAUUAUUUCUAUAGCUAGUCUAUUUGUUUUAACAUUUGAAUGUUCAAAGUUAAUUUGUGUUUACAUAGCAAGAAGCUAUAAUGUCGUGUUUUACUGAUUUUGAAAAUAUGGACGACGAAAUUAAAGAACUUUUCAAAAACUACAAAAACAAAAGAGCUACAAUAUACGAACCAUGUACGAACAGUAAUUUCAAGGAGUGUUUAAUCGGACUUUCAGAGGAACUAGGUCUUCUCAACAUAAGUUAUGUAUUCAACCCUCAUAUCAACAUUGAAGGGGAAACCUUAAGCUCAGAUGCCUUAAUAAAACUGAUAAACGCUGUAUGGACACUGUUGCAUCAUUAUAAAAAUAUUUCAGAAAAAUGCGAAGCUUUGCAAGAACAAAACUAUAUUCUGGAACAUAGUAACAAACAAUUAAAUGGAUCCAUGGGUAAAUUAAAAAAUAAACUGAGCACAGAGAAAAAUGAGUCCCGAGCUUGUGUUGCAUCUGCUCAAAGGGUUUCUGACCAAUCAAAUGAAGUGUAUCAGAAGUUAAUUGACACUCGUGCAAAAUUAAACCAUGUGACCAAACAAAAGGAGGCAAAUGAGAAGUCAUUACAGAAUAAGAUAGCAAGGUUGAGACUGGAGAAUGAAAAGUUAACCGACAAAGUUAGGGGUAAACCAGGUGGAUACACACCAUGCGCAGAUGUCUGUGAUGCAACCGUCAGACAAUUAAAGGAAAAGGAGAAGAAAUACAAGUCAAUUAUAUCUCAAUUACAGACCAAUAAUCAAGAACUGUUAAACGAAGUUAUAUCUAUGAAGGAAGAGAUCAUUUUGUCUGGUUUAAAAAAUAUUUAGUGUAACGGAUUAAUGCGUUGAUUAACUUGUUGAAAAACACUGGUUUGCACAAAUAUUAUUGUUAUUAAGAAGUUACAUCACAAUCUAGUAUUUUGUAAUUGAGAUUUC